CAACGGUUUUCACAUAAUAUCAAAGAGCGAGCUGGAAACGUUUAAUUUUCCCAGUGACAGAAAACGACUCAGCUCCAAACAAUCGUCACGAGCCAAAGGUCAUCCAAUCAGAUGAGCGGAAGUUUAACGUUGCGGUAAUCCGGUUCAGACGUGACAAGUGCGGCCGACUGAACUCAGUCCUAAUUUCUGCCCUGUAGGCUCUGCAAACUAUUUUCUUCGUUACUGCCUUACCACCGAGCUGGACGUGUGAGCAUAAUGCCAUGGUGGACUGAUAUGUGUUACGACGAGAAGCCUUUGCACAGCGGGAGAAUUGUUCCUUUGUAAGCUAGUUUGGUCAGUAACGUUGGUGAUGGAUGAGCAGCGAGUAGCCUGAACGCGUCUUCUCCACAGGGCCCGGGACGAGCGUUUAAACUGAGCCCGGAGGACUAAGACACCCAGAUGAGAGCAAGCAAAACCUCCCGAAGCUUCUGGUAAUAACCGGGUACUUAGCCUGCCCCAAACUGCCUCACCAAUUUCUGUUGAAAGUGAGACCCAACCAGCCUUCACGGUGGAAACGAGAAGAAGAGCAAAGAUGAAUGCUGUGCGGGGGGGCACAGUCACCUGGCGUCCCCAGCCGUGGCAGGAUGGGGACGGGGGAGGAGGAGAACCUCUGUCGGACAGCGACUCAGAGGAGGAGGACUUCCCUGAUGACAGUACCACACCACUGGGAGACUACAUCACACAUGGAUUGAAGCAGCUCCUGGAUGCUCAGCAGCUGUGUGAUGUUACUCUACUUGUUGAGGGAAAGAAGUUCAUGUGUCACAGAGUCCUCUUAGCAGCCGUGAGCCCGUACUUUCGGGCCAUGUUCACCAGCCCGCUGGUAGAGUCUCGCCUCACUGAGAUCCGACUGGAGGAGGUGACGCCGUCUGUCAUGGAGACUGUCAUCCAGUUUGUGUACACCGGUGAGGCUGGGCUCUCUCUGGACACAGCUGAGGAUCUGUUUGUGGCCGCCAACCGGCUUCAGGUGAUGCCCCUUCAAGACCUGUGCUCCAGGUUUCUAUUUGAGCACCUCUCAGUGGAUAACUGCCUGGGGAUGUACUCUCUUGCUCGCUCUCACCAUGACCAGCUGCUGCUGCGUGCCUCCCUGCGGCUCGUAGCCCAGCACUUCCCCCGGGUGGCCCGGCAGAAAGACUUCCUCCUGCUUGACCACGGCACCUUAGGCAGCCUCCUGAGCUCUGACCGCCUGGGGGUGGACUCGGAAGCAGAGGUUUACGACGCUGCACGCCGCUGGGCAGAGCACCAACCCUUAGAUCGCUAUGCCCACAUGCCAGCUCUGCUUCACCACCUGCGGCCGGGGCUGCUGUCCCAGGAAGAGAGCCGAAGACUGUGCCAGGAGUUGGGGCCCGCUGCAGCUGGUGAGGGCCUUGGGGGGCCUCUGAGACCACGGGAGGGCAUGUUUGAGAAGAAGAUUGUCUGUGUGGACCUGACACCUCGGGAAGAAGAUAAUUUAGCUGCAAGAGACUAUACAGUGGACUGCUUUGAUCCUCGGACAGGGAAGUGGGAGAAGUUAGCAGCACUGGGUUCACUGGUCAGUCCCGGCUGUACGGCUGUAGGUGACCGGCUGUUUGUAGCGGGUGGGAUUCUGCGGACAGGCUCUGUGUCUGCAGCUGUGCAUGAAUAUGAUGCAGUGUUGGACCGCUGGGUAGAGCGGCCUUCCAUGAUCCAGCCGCGGGCUAUGUUAGGCCUGCUGGGCUGUGGAGAGUCUAUCUAUGCCUUGGGUGGUAGUAACCGCUCAGCUCUGCUGGACUCCAGUGAGACCCUGGAGCUGACUACGCUUCAGUGGGCUCCAGGGCCUCGGUUACCGCUCCCUCUGCGCGCCUUUGCCAGCGCAGCAUUACGUGGGCGGCUUUACCUUCUGGGUGGAACCACACUUGAACAGAACCGUGCUGUGGUCCACUCAGGGGUGCUUAUUUAUCAUACCCUAACAGACUGCUGGACACGUGUGGCUCUGGACUCCGGCGCCACCUGUCUUGCUGGAGGAGUAGCAGUGCGAGGAGGAGUGUGUGCAAUUGGGGGAUACAUGAGGGAUACCACCAAGUUCCUGGAUGGAAACUACACCAAUCUGGAGACUUUAGACGCCACUGGGCGUGUUCUGUUUUUCAGAGAGGGCAGGGGGUCUGGAGUAGAGAGGGAGGUGACUGGGGGAGGGGUGAUGGUCACUGCAGAGCAGCGAGGGGGUGCAGGUGGUGGAAGCGACCGUUCCCCAAGCCCUGUGGUAUUUCCCGGGCUGCCACGGCGGAUUGCAGCUGGGGGCGUGGCCAGGUGGAAACGCAGGAUUUAUGUGCUGGGUGGGGAAAACGGCUCACGGUUCUAUGACAGUGUGUACUGUUGGAAGCCCGGCUGGCGCAGUUGGGUCCAGAGACGUGAGAAACUCCCUGGAGACACUGGAGGGGUGAGCCAGUUUGGGUGUACCACUUUAAAGUUCCCUAAGAAACACAUCCUGUCCAGACUGAGACUAGCCAAAGAAAACUGCAAGAAGUCCACUGACUAGCUUUGUAGGGACCAGUAUGACUGAAGUCGAGGCAGCCGUUCAUUUAACACAAGAUGAGCUCCAGGCUGAGUUCGAAUUAGCUCUUCUGUUGGUCUUGAGAUGAAAUCACAAGGAAGAGACCAUUUUAUACAGCCUGAGUGCAGCCCAGAGUAGACCUAUAAUGGACUAGAUGCAGAAAUGUAAUAUGGAUAAUAAAAUGAUGUACAAGUGGAGCCAGAAACUGGUUAAAAGUCAGGCAACGUGCAGCUGAAUGUAACUAGUUAACUAUUUGUUAGAACAGUAGUCCUUUGAGAGAAAAAGGCCUUUUUAAUUGUUUUGUUAAAACAAAAUGUUAUUUUCAGCUUUUUGCUGGCAUAAGUUUUUAAUGGCUGUUUGGAAACCAUUUGAAUGCUGUGAAUCUUUAAGCAGCGUCUAGUUUAGACACAAGGACAUUGGCACAUUUCUGACCAUGCUAUGUUCCACUUUAUUUUCUUUUUGUUUUUUCUCUAAUGUGAGUUUGUAAAGCAUUUUGAAACUGCAAUAAGGGAUAUACAAAUAAACUUGACUUAAGUGAAAUAUAUAUUUCAUAAAACUACUUGCAUAUAGUUUUUACUUGUACCAUUAGUCAUUUUGUUUUUUAAUCAACAAAAUAGAGCCAAAAAUGUACUUUGGCACAUAAGGUAUAUGAGUUACAAAUCUGCUUUUUAAAACGAACUGAAUCUUUUUAUUAUCAAAGUCAUAACCCAGUGAAGAGCUGAACGUCCUGCAGGAACUGCAGGAAACCUAAGUGGGUUUUUGAUGGCACAGCAAUGGCUCAUUUGUUCACUUUCAUGCUUCACAACAUCAGGAAAGUCAAAUACCUGCCCCUGGACACGGCCUAGUGUUGAAUAUGGCAAAGCCCUGUUCACUGGUCUCACUAGGCAGGCAGCCAGGUCCCUCCAACUGAUCCCAAAUAUGGCACACAGACCAGAUAGCGUCCUUUCACUUGGUAGAAACUGUGCUUAUGUUUGGUGUUCUUAAAUGCUCUUUUUAAAGGUCCUGCCUCAAACAAGUGGAACAUAGCAGUGGGAGAAAUGUGUAGAUAAGGCUGAAUACACAAAAGAUGAACACCGUCUUCCAUAUUAAUAGAUAUGACAAUGUGUGUGUUUAAGUACAGAAAAUCCACUGUCAAAAGGAUUUGGUAUAGACGUUUAUGAAGAUGUGCUGCAAAGAAAACUUGAACAGUUUUUUUCAGCUAGCAUGGUGUGAUUACAGGGACGCAAGGUAAAUAUGUGCAGGUGUCGUGAAGAUGACCUACAGAAAUUGUGUCUAGACUACCGCACCUUUUCUAAACCUUCAAGCCAGGUGAACAGUUGUCUACUUGAUUUAUCAGCCGUGUCAAAAUUACAUUUUGGUUUUAAUUGCUCCAGCCACAGGACCCGUGAAUGUGUUUGGCAUGGAGGUAAUGGAUUAUCUGAAUACGUUAGCACUGCACCUAAUUUAUUGAAAUGUAUUUCAAAGGUUUUUGUUGUUUCGAAAUGGUAACUUUUUUGCUCUGACUACAGCUCGGCGUUCUGCAGGAUGGCACUAUAGGCUAAGAUAGACUUGUCAAACAGGAGCAGAUGUGUCGAGAUCUGAAAGUGGUUUUAAAGUAACUUAAUUCUUAAAUUCUGAUUUUAUGAAAGGUCAGAACGUUUGCCCACAAAUGUAAGCACAUUGUUUUGCUGUAGGCCACCGUGUUUUCCUCAGUCUUUUCACUUCUGUUUUCCUCUCUUAUUUACUCACAUUGAUGAAAUCCAGAUACUUCUGCGGGUGAUAUGUGCAUAUGAAAAACACUGCCAGCUGUGUCUGAAAAUGGCAGAACUCUACCAGUGUUGUCAUCAGAUUGCAAACUACCAAACAAGACCAUAAAACAAGGCUAUUUUGAGAUUGUUUUGGGCUUAAAGUCAGACCCAGAGAAAAUCACUGAAAGAUGUCUGUGACAUUAAAAUGAAUUAGUUUUAAAUGCUAAAAUAGCAGCAGGGAAAUAUUUUUUGGAGUUAAUUCACUCAGAACCUGCUGAGUUGACCUUACCAUCUUAACAAUCAACGUUUUCAUUACUGCAGGCCAGAUAUUAGUUUUCAGAUGUAACUUUAGAUUGGUUAACAUUGACACAGUUUAGAUUCUGUGAGUACAUUAUCAACCAAAAAGAAGAAAUUGGGAUGGAUACAGGAUGUAAUGGCAAAAUAGGGAUUCCUUUUUCAGAUCUUACAACUGGGAUAUGACGUAGUGUGACUGUGUAUAGGAUCCUAGACCUGCAAAGUGGAUUUAUUGCUGAAGCAGUAAUUCAAUAGUAGCCUGAAAAUAAAAAAUGUAAACCUGCUAAUAAGCAUUAAUUUGGUGAGAAAAAGAGAGGGUAUUUCACAUAAUGUAAUUGUAAAACUUGAUCAUUGAGGCCAAAUUGAUGUAGCUCCCCCAAAAAGGACUCAAAUUAGACUGGUCAGGUUUGUCUCAUAGCUCUGCUUUCCACUGGGUUAUAAUGAGUCAACCUAUCAAUAGAUUCAAACGUAGAUUUCGGUCAAACCACCCUACCUUGUAAAACUUUCCAAAGUGUUACAAUGACUCCCUCAAGAACAGAAUAGUGAAACUUCCCCAAUUUCCCAGCUAACAGCAGAUGUUUAACACCACCAGUUACUUUAUUUAAGAAGUAGUGAGUUCACUAGUCAAACACACAACAUAUACCUUUUUUAGUUUUUGUUAUUUUGGUUGGUGAUGAGAUGUGAGCUUUAGUGUGUGUUGCCUUUUUCAUUUCAAAUAUCUGAAUUUUCACCUUGAAAUGUCACAUGAGUUGGUUUUCUUUUUCCUUCGCGUGUUUCGUAUGACACGUGGAAGGUGAUUGUGUGCAUGUUUUCUAUGCUGAGGUUAAAAUCUGUUUAACACAAGCUCUUUGCACACAGGCACACACCCAAAUACUGUGUGUGUCCAUUCACAGAAGUGAAACUGCCCUCAUUUGUACACCUGACCCAAGUUUGUGAUCUGAAAGGCAAAUGGAUGUUUUGAUGAAAGCAGUGCUAUCAAAUGAUUAAAGGACUGUUUGCUUA